GGACGUUCGGGAGUCGACCCGGUGGGGACAGAGACUGCGGGGCGGGCGCGGCGGGGCCGGGGGCGCGGGGAGCGGGGAGCCGGCCGGGCGGUCUCCGGGGUCCGGGCUGGUGCGGUCCUCAGUCCCGUCAGACACCCCCGUUCCCAACCCCGGCUCGGACACCACCCGGUCCUGCACCGUCGGGCAGGUCCAGGGGUCUCAGCCCCUCCCCCGUUCUCUGGUCCCGGGGGGCGCGGCUGGGGGCGGGGGUGUCGCUGGCCGCCUGGCGCCCUGCGGCGGCCACACUGCAGCAGCCACACUCCCCACUCCGGGCCCCGGGCCCCGCCGCCCUGGGGAGCGCACAAAGCGCCGCGGACGCGCCCCCAAGGCGCGGGGUCUCACCAGCGCUGUCUCCCCUCGGUGGGCUCCUGCCCCCAGGACUGCCCGGUGGCACCGGCGCGGCCCAGGAUGGGGUGAGGGGUGUCUGCGCCCCGCCUGGCCGCUCCUCUUCCGCGGCCCACACUGGCGACUUUGACCCCGGCAAGCGGGUCACUGCCCUGCCCGGCUCCGGCCUCUCCGGCGCCCCACCACCCGGGCGACUCGGCCACCCGGCUUAUGCUCCGACUCUGAACCGACUGACCCCGGCCCUCUCGGCGCCCGCAUCCUCCAAGGACCGGCCAGGGCUGCUCUCUGCCCUUGGUAUUGGGGACAUCAGGGUUGGGGGGUCGGGGUGCACCCAGGCCGGCACCCAGGCCUGCCCCGCCCCCACGGGGUGAGGACGCAGGGAUAGGGCUUUGUCAACAGCCUGUGGCCCCUGAUCCCGCCCCGGUGCCCUGACCUUCCAGUACCUUCUCUGGUUUCACAAAAACAUCCCGGCUCCCAUCCUGGAGCUCCUCAAAGCGUCUGAGAGGCCCCUUGCGGACGCCCUGGGAGCCCCGCUGCCUUCCUGGACCAGUGGCCGCUCCACCCAUCCUGGGGGCCCAGCUCCAGGUCUGCGGGUCCCUCAGCCGCCCCCAGUGGGAAUCGGUGGAGCCCGACGGAGCCAGGAGCACCCAAGAGUCACGUGUUCUGCCAGGGAGGACAUGGGACAGGACACGGGGUGCCAGCCCUGCAAAGCGGCCGGGGCAGUGGAGCUCAGGUGGCCCUAAGCCCUGGUGGUGGCUGGUGUGGCCCAGCAGGCAGCUGUGGGAGGGAGGAAGAGGGUGGCAUGCGGUGGGGGUCUAGGGAAGGCGGGCAGGGCACCUCGGGAGCCCCCCAUUGGGCAUCUCAGGAACCCCCGCAUUGGGCACCUUGGGAGUCCCCCGCAUUGGGCACCUCGGGAACCCCCCACAUUGGGCACCUCGGGAACCCCCGCAUUGGGCACCUCGGGAACCCCCCACAUUGGGCACCUCGGGAGUCCCCCGCAUUGGGCACCUCGGGAACCCCCGCAUUGGGCACCUCGGGAACCCUCCCAUUGGGCACCUCGGGAACCCCCCCUAUUGGGCACCUUGGGAGCCCCCCACAUUGGGCACCUUGGGAACCCCUCCCCUAAUUCUCAGCUGACUCCAAGGCCUGAGAAGGAGCUUGGUCACCUGGACUGUGAAGGUGGAGGGUGGGGUCCCUGGUGGGUCGUCCUACCUACCAGCUGUGUCGCCGGAAGGGUAAUACGGGGCACUGUGGCCCCGGGGAGCCCCAAGUGGCAGCUCCACAGCUGGGAGUUUCUGUCCACUCCUUCAGUCAACAAACAUUGAUCCUGGGCUGACCGGGUCCCGGGGGUGUCAGUGUCUCCUCUCGGGGAAGAGGGCUGAGUGAGAUCAACAAAGGAGCCUCCCUUCUUCCCUUCAGGCUGGUGUCACCUUCAGUGACGGGGCAGGGUCCCCACUUGGGAAGUUAAAUCGUCGUCCCCGUCCCAGGACCACAGCAGCCUCAGCCCUGCUCUCCAGGCCAGGCUCUCUCAUGGGUGCUCAGCUGGAAAUUGGUCCCCCCCCGGCUCCACCCACCCCUGUUGGGAUGAGGGGCUGGAGUCUCCCUACCCAUACGGGACCCACCGCCCGCAGGGAACGGAGGACCCUCACACUUCUGCACCUCCUGCCUCACUAUCAGAGACCCAGUGGAGAAUUGCCCCCCACCUCACCUUUUGUAUUCAGAGGCCCUGACCCCUAGGGAUCCAGGACUAGGGGUGCCCUAUGGGGAGCCCACCAGUGGCCUGUGGAUGCUGAGCUGUCGGGGGAAUCCUCCAGGAUCCCCAGCCCCACCUUCCCAACCUUCUGUUGAGGCUGGGGGGACACAGAGCCCCACUCCCUCUUCCUCCCACUCCUGGGUCCUGACUGUUUUAAAGAAAGGCCUGGGGGACUGGGCAGCCAACCCCUCCCUCGGCUCGCUGGGGUCUCCAGACUGGCUGCCCGGCUGGAAGGUGGGGCCCUGGCACGUGAGGACCUCAUGUGUGGAGGCACUGGCUUGGGGGGGUGCUCCCAGUGGCUCUAGAGUCAACAUGACAGGCAUUGAAUGGCUCCCGUUUCUCUGGCAGAGUUGGGGCAGAGCCAGGCUUGGCCACGCUGGGCUCUAAGGGGCUGUCAUUUUGCCCAGGGAGCUCCUGGCUGGGCGGUCCUCCCCCCAGGGUGAGCACGCGUCCCCCCAACCCCCACUUCGAGGCCCCUAGGCAGGGAACAGCUUAUCGGCCAGUGUCCUUCCUCCUUGUCCCCUGCCUGCAUCUCCACCAUCCACCCUGCUCCAGCUGCCCCUUGUCUCUCUCCCCAUCCCCUGCCCAGAGCCCCAGGUCUCCCCUGCACCCCUGAGCCUGCCCACCUAGCAGUGCCCCUCGUCCAGGGCCCCUCUGGGUUGGGGGUGCACACAGCGGGGAGAGGCGGCUCCUGCUGCUCCUCACCCAGCCCGGCUCAGUGGCCGGAGCCGCCCAGGGCAGUGGCAGCAGAUGGGGCUGUUUGAUCAGAAUCAGGGAAGAUAAGGCCCCUUGCAUGACCCCAGAGCUGGGGACGCCAAAACUGCCCCUCCUCCCCCACCCGCCUGCCGCUUUCUCCGCCAGGGAGAGGCCCCUACUCUGUGGGUCCUUCGCCCCAGCACCAAGCCUGCAUGGCUGCUCACCUGGCUUAGGAACUGGGGAUCAGCGACACACGGGUCCUGCCUCCCAUCGGCCCCUACAUGAGCCCAGGGUCCAAGGCCUGCGGUUGGGAGCUCUUUAGCAGUCUGUGACGCAGGUGCCUGUCCCUGUCAUUCAGCUGUCACACUGCUUGGUGCAUCUCAGGCCCCGUUAGCGGUAGAGCUGGCCCCACGCGGGCUCACCCAGCCACUACCUGGAGGAGGCUAAAAUCCAGGCUGUCCCGUGGCAGCCAGCAGUCCAGCCCUGCCCGGAAACCCUCUGCUCCAGCCGCAGCCUUCGCCCAUCUCCUUGCCCCUCUCCCCGGCUUCCCCUGGCACUGCCUUCCAGCUGGCUGGCCCUCCAUCUGCCCAGCCAUCCAUCCACACCUCUUAUUCCAUUUGAGGGUGCCCCAAAGAAGAGCCCGUCACAGCCCGGGGGCUCACAGCCAGCCACUCGCGGGACCCCGCACAUGCACGCGGACCUACAGGAAGACCCUCCCUGCUUCUCCCACAGAAUUCAGUUGGUGCAGAAACUGGGCUCUGUAGCAACGAAAGGCCGAUUUGUGUAGCUGUUGCCACCCCGAACUCCCAGCUCAGAUGCUGGCUAUGGCCUGGGGACCAGGGGCUGUGACUCCCACAGCCCUGGCAGGCACCACGGGGGAUGUCCUCCCCACCCUGUGUCCCCACCCUAGGCCAGCUCCUCCUCCGAGCCGACGCCCGCAGUGCUAAUCUCAAAGGACUGUGCGGCCAGCCUGUGGCGUCCCAUGGGAUCCAGGAAGCCCAACCGAGCCUUGCACGGCACCCAUGAGGCACCUAGGCACCCCGGUGCUGGGCAGGGGGCACGCAUGUGACACAGACCCCUGAGUGUGGGCCCCACACACUUGGCCUGGCACAGCUGCAAGCCAGCCCAGCCACUUUGCUCGCCGUGGCACUGGGGCCAAGUGAUGGAAGGUCCAGGCACCGCCACCCUCACGCUUGGCACAUUGACUCAGGACCCUGAGGCUCAGAGGGGCAGCUUCAGGGGAGGACACCCCACUGGCCAGGACGCCCCAGGCUCUGCUGCUCUGCCACUCAGCUGCCCUCGGAGGAGCGUGCACACCCACCAGGACUGCAUUGCCCCAGCUGUGCAGCCCCUGCCAGAUGUGGGAGGCAGCUAGCUGCCCAGAGGCAUGCCCCCCUGCCAGCCACAGCGACCCCUGCUGCUGUUGCUGCUGCUGCUGGCCUGCCAGCCACAGGUCCCCUCCGCUCAGGUGAUGGACUUCCUGUUUGAGAAGUGGAAGCUCUACGGUGACCAGUGUCACCACAACCUGAGCCUGCUGCCCCCUCCCACGGAGCUGGUGUGCAACAGAACCUUCGACAAGUAUUCCUGCUGGCCGGACACCCCCGCCAAUACCACGGCCAACAUCUCCUGCCCCUGGUACCUGCCUUGGCACCACAAAGUGCAACACCGCUUCGUGUUCAAGAGAUGCGGGCCCGACGGUCAGUGGGUGCGUGGACCCCGGGGGCAGCCUUGGCGUGACGCCUCCCAGUGCCAGAUGGAUGGCGAGGAGACUGAGGUCCAGAAGGAGGUGGCCAAGAUGUACAGCAGCUUCCAGGUGAUGUACACAGUGGGCUACAGCCUGUCCCUGGGGGCCCUGCUCCUCGCCUUGGCCAUCCUGGGGGGCCUCAGCAAGCUGCACUGCACCCGCAAUGCCAUCCACACGAAUCUGUUUGCGUCCUUCGUGCUGAAAGCCAGCUCCGUGCUGGUCAUUGAUGGGCUGCUCAGGACCCGCUACAGCCAGAAGAUUGGCGACGACCUCAGUGUCAGCAUCUGGCUCAGUGAUGGAGCGGUGGCUGGCUGCCGUGUGGCCGCGGUGUUCAUGCAAUAUGGCAUCGUGGCCAACUACUGCUGGCUGCUGGUGGAGGGCCUGUACCUGCACAACCUGCUGGGCCUGGCCACCCUCCCGGAGAGGAGCUUCUUCAGCCUCUACCUGGGCAUCGGCUGGGGUGCCCCCAUGCUGUUCGUCGUCCCCUGGGCGGUGGUCAAGUGUCUGUUCGAGAACGUCCAGUGCUGGACCAGCAAUGACAACAUGGGCUUCUGGUGGAUCCUGCGGUUCCCCGUCUUCCUGGCCAUCCUGAUCAACUUCUUCAUCUUCGUCCGCAUCAUUCACCUGCUCGUGGCCAAGCUGCGGGCGCGGCAGAUGCACCACACAGACUACAAGUUCCGGCUGGCCAAGUCCACGCUGACCCUCAUCCCUCUGCUGGGCGUCCACGAAGUGGUCUUCGCCUUCGUGACGGACGAGCACGCCCAGGGCACCCUGCGCUCCGCCAAGCUCUUCUUCGACCUCUUCCUCAGCUCCUUCCAGGGCCUGCUGGUGGCUGUCCUCUACUGCUUUCUCAACAAGGAGGUGCAGUCAGAGCUGCGGCGGCGUUGGCACCGCUGGCGCCUGGGCAAAGUGCUAUGGGAGGAGCGGAACACCAGCAACCACAAGGCCUCAUCUUCGCCCGGCCGCGGCCUUCCCGGCAAGGAGCUGCAGUUUGGGAGGGGUGGUGGCAGCCAGGAUUCAUCUGUGGAGACCCCCUUGGCUGGUGGCCUCCCUAGAUUGGCUGAGAGCCCCUUCUGAACCCUGCUGGGACCCCAGCUAGGGCUGGACUCUGGCACCCAGAGGGCGUCGCUGGACAACCCAGAACUGGACGCCCAGCUGAGGCUGGGGGCGGGAGAGCCAACAGCAGCCCCCACCUACCCCCGACCCCCAGUGUGGCUGUCUGUGAGAUUGGGCCUCCUCUCCCUGCACCUGCCUUGUCCCUGGUGCAGGGGUGAGCAGAGGAGUCCAGGGCGGGAGUGGGGGCUGUGCCGUGAGCUGCGUGCCAGUGUCCCCACGUAUAUCGGCACGUCCUGUGUGCGUGGAAAUGUCCUCCGACAAUAAAGAGCUCAA